AUGCGUCAAUUGUCCUUUUUGCGCCUAUUUUGGCUUCUUCUCGUCACAGCAGUCGCUGCAGAAAAUGGCUUUGAUGGCUGGCUGCGUUAUGCCCCCGUUCGGUGCGAUAAGAAUUGCCAGCGUCGACUGCCAUCCCGUAUCGUGACGUUCACGAACAAUCAGUCUAAUCCGGUUGUCACUGCGGCGCAAGAAUUGAAGAAAGGGCUGCAUGAAAUUGUUGGAAAGGAUGUUUCCAUUACCCGUUCCAAAUGUGAUUCUCGUUCCUCUCUUGUCGUGGCCACCCUCGAUGAAUACCGGAAAGCAUGCAACAAACACUCCGACGUCCCGACAUUAGAGGAAGAUGGUUUCUGGUUGCGAGCGAAAGGAGAUGGCGUCCAAAUCAUUGGCCAGAAUGCCCGAGGUGCGCUGUAUGGAGCCUUCGAAUACAUCUCGUUGCUUGGGCAAGGGAACUUCUCCGACGUCGAUUACUCAACUAACCCUGAUGCUCCGAUCCGGUGGGUGAAUCAAUGGGAUAACAUGGACGGCAGUAUAGAGCGAGGAUACGCUGGCCCGUCUAUAUUCUUCUCCGAAGGCCGUAUAGUCGAGAACAUGGACCGGGUGAAACAAUAUGCUCGGCUUUUGGCCUCGAUCCGAAUCAACGCGAUUGUCGUGAACAAUGUCAAUGCCAAUGCGACGCUCCUCACACCCACCAACAUGAAAGGCUUGACGCGCAUCGCCGAUGUAUUCCGACCGUACGGCAUCCAAAUUGGCGUAUCCCUUAAUUUUGCUUCUCCUGAUACCCUAGGCGGCCUUGGGACAUAUGAUCCUCUGGAUCCGAAAGUCAUCUCCUGGUGGCAGGACAUCACCGACAGCCUGUAUGAGUACGUUCCAGACCUGGCUGGAUACCUGGUCAAGGCAAGCUCAGAGGGUCAGCCUGGGCCAGAAACAUACAACCGGACUCUAGCAGAGGGCGCCAAUCUCUUUGCGCGGGCCUUGCAGCCGCACGGUGGUGUACUCAUGUUCCGUGCCUUCGUUUACGAUCACCACCUGAGUGAGGACAGCUGGACCAACGACAGGGCGAACGCACAAAUCGAAUUCUUCAAAGAGCUCGACGGGAAAUUCGAAGACAACGUCGUGGUCCAAAUCAAACAUGGACCCAUUGACUUCCAAGUGCGCGAACCCGUGUCUCCAUUAUUCGCCAACAUGUACCACACCAACAUGGCGAUUGAACUACAAGUCACGCAAGAAUAUCUUGGCCAACAGUGUCACCUAGUUUACCUAUCUCCGAUGUGGAAGGAGAUAUUAGAUUUUGACCUGCGCGUCGACAAGAAACCAUCUCCCGUUAGGGACAUUGUUUCAGGGCAGCAUUUCAAGCGGUCGCUGGGAGGCUAUGCUGCUGUGGUCAAUGUCGGCACUAACAGCUCAUGGCUCGGAAGCCACCUGGCCAUGUCGAAUCUGUACGCCUACGGCCGUCUAGCAUGGAACCCUACAGCCGACUCAGUUGACAUCCUCGAAGACUGGACGCGCCUGACUUUCGGGCGGGAUCGCCGCGUUCUCGACACCAUCACAGAACUGUCGAUGGCAUCCUGGCCCGCGUACGAGAACUACACCGGCAAUUUAGGCAUCCAGACUCUAACCGACAUUCUGUACACUCAUUACGGACCCAACCCCGGCUCUCAGGACGGCAAUGGCUGGGGACAAUGGACUCGGGCUAACAGCCAGUCCAUCGGCAUGGAUCGUACCGUCAAGAAUGGAACGAAAAACGCAGGCCAAUAUCCAUCCGAGAUCGCGGAGAUGUACGAGGAGAUCGAAACCACCCCAGACGAUCUCCUGCUGUGGUUCCACCACGUCCCGUACACGCAUCGUCUGCACUCCAGCAAAACCGUCAUCCAGCACUUCUACGAUGCGCACUACAGCGGCGCGGAGACUGCUCAGACCUUCGUUCCUAAGUGGGAAGCGCUGAAAGGACGGAUUGAUAAGCAGCGGUACGAAGAGGUGCGGCAUCGAUUCAUCUACCAGGCAGGCCAUUCCAUCGUUUGGCGCGACGCGAUCAAUAACUUCUACUACAACCUGUCGGACAUCGAGGACCAAGAGGGCCGGGUACGUCAUCAUCCGUGGCGCGUCGAAGCCGAAGAUAUGAACUUGAGCGGAUACACGAAGUACACUGUGCAUCCGUACGAGACAGCCUCGAACGCGACGGCCAUCGUCACUGCGACCAACUCGACCACAGGGACUGCCACGACAAAGCUGAAGUUCCCGCCCGGAACGUACGAUCUGGGUAUCAACUACUAUGAUCUGUAUGGAGGACAGUCUGAAUGGACGGUUUAUUUGAACAAGCGCGUCGUCGGAAAGUGGAAGGGGAACGCUGAGGAUAUCCUUGGGCAUACGCCGUCGAUCUACUUGGACGGGCAUUCAGCGAUACGGAUUACCUUCCGCGAUGUGAAGGUCAAGAAAGGAGAUGUGUUGAAGAUCGUGGGUCAGCCGGAUGGAGUCGAGCCGGCGCCGCUGGAUUAUGUGGUGCUGCUGCCUGAAGGUGUCGUGGAUUAGUUGAGUUAUUGCCGGGGUUAAGCUUGUUGUACAGCCCUGUGGGUGAGUCUACGGAUAUAGCUGUUUCAUUCAG